GCGCUGCACCGUUUCACCUACUACGUGCCGCGGGCCCUCGCCGAGCCGUUGAUGUUCUGCCACUGUGCAGCCCACGAUGAGGAAUGCCUCGAACAACAGUCACUCUUCUACCCGAAAUGCCUGUAUUCAUCAUCAGCCGGAAGUCAGAUGCGAACGUGUAAGGAAGUGGUCGAUGAAUGUCGAACGGAUCCGCGCUGCAACCAACUGCGCUAUUCGGUCGAUAGCGUGUGCCCCGUUUCGAAGGGCUCUUGUGCCACCGACCAAUUGGAUCAUUGCCGACAAACCCUACUCCGAUCUCGCGGCUCCCUCCUUGAAUCGCCAUGCUUUUGCCCGAUAUCGGAUAUGGAAUGUUUGAGCUUGCAGAACACGAUGAUUCCGAAUAAUCCUUGUAUCGAAAAGGCAAUGCUCGACUACUCGCGCAUUAUGGGCUACAUGAAGCCGCAGCGGGCCCACGUCGACACAAAUCGCGUGCAGGCGACGGAUGAGGACCGAAAGGUCGAGUACACGGAAAGGCCGCGCGAACCCGAACCCCGAAGAAGACCGGAAAUCACGGCCGCUCCGAAAAGAACGAGGCCUACUACCACAACAACCACCACAACCACUGUGAAACCGACGAUGCAUGUCCCAAAAAAGCAGAAGGUCGAGGAACGGAAGCCAAAAACGACUCCCACCUCCGAGGCUGAUGAUGAUGUCCUGGUGACGAGGCCCGAUCCGCAACUCGAAUACACCAAAAUCGGCUGGGUUUUCGGUCAGGAUGAGCCCGAACGUCGUCAAAACAUGGAGGCACAGGAAGACCGAUCCUCCGAAACGACCCGAGAGCAGCAGCUCGAGCGCCAGAAGCAACGAACCCAAGAACUCCUGCACGCGAUGCGGGAGAAGGAGGAGCGAGCAAAGGCUGAACGACACCGGUCCAAAGCUCAUCCAACGGAGCCGGAACCGACUGCUGAUAGCUCAAGCGAAGGUGCUGAAGCCGUCAAGGACGCAGAGCGCCUCCAAAAGACAAUCCCCCGCCAAAAAGCCCAGAGGACAACCACCGCUGCCCCCCGGCCCGGAUUGACGAGCUCAGAACGGCCACCUUGGAUCUCGACUACACCUACAACCGAGCCCAAAACUACGGAAUAUGUAACGAUAGCGCCUCCAGCGACGCAGGAUAACUGUUCGAUCAAGCACGCCAACGGCAAAGAUCUUUUCGUGCAUGUCGGGGCCAUCGUUCGAAAAUAUACGGAUUGGGCGGGCCGAUGUUCCACUUGGUGCGAAUGUACGGAUGUCGAGCAGUUGAAUUGUGAGAAGCUGGACUGCCACGAGGACUCAAAAUGCCCGGCUCCGCUCACAAAGAUGGAAUUUGGCGACCGCCUCUACCUGCAAGGACGCGGAGCCUGCAUGUGCGAGAAUGCUGUCUUUGUCUGCGACACGCCCGAAGAGCCGCCAGAAGUCCGACCGGGCCUCUACAUCUUUGCCGGCUAUUCCCUGGCGGACCUCGAGCUGCUGCGCAAGAACAUUGAGCACGAUGUACUCGAACGAGCCGGAAUGCUAUCCUCCGACUUCGGCAAGGACAUAGCCGCCCAACUGCAGUGGGCCCUUGAGCGCCAGCUGCCGGAGACGCUAAAAUGCCGGAUCGUGAUGCAAGAGGGGCUUGUGGAGGAGGGGAAUGUCAUCUACCAAAUCGAGCUGCUCAGCGACAACAUGUUCCUGAACGACACGAAGGUCAUGUGGCGAUCAGAUGGCGUGGAGAAGGCAUGUUCCUCCUACGUCCGUCGGCUUGUCGACAGCUUCGCCCUCGACGAAAGCCCUCGUUUCCAAUUAAUUCUGUCCACUGUCAAACAGUUGCGUUUCGUCGACACGCUUGACGCAUUGCCCGUGAUUUCCGCGUCAACCCCCCGCCUCCCUCUAUCCCUACUCCCAAUUAUGCUCCUGCUCAACACAUUGCGGUUUUUGAGGUGG